AAGAAGGGAGGGGGAGGAGAAGAAGGAGCGGGCAGGGCCGCCAUGACGCGGAGCUGCUCGGCGCUGGGCUGCACCGCCCGCGACAACGGGCGCAGCCGCGAGCGCGGCAUCUCCUUCCACCAGUUCCCGGUGGACGCCGCGCAGCGCCGCGAGUGGAUCCGCGCCGUGAACCGCGUGGACCCGCGGAGCCGCCAGGCCUGGAGCCCCGGGCCCGGGGCCAUCCUCUGCUCGCGGCACUUCGCCGAGGCCGACUUCGAGCGCUACGGGCUGCGGCGGAAGCUGCGCCGGGGGGCCGUGCCCUCGCGCUUCCCCCACGCGGAUCUGCUGAGCGCACGCUAUAGGAGCAGGCCAUCCCCGAGAGCACUAAAGCAGCCUCUACUAAGUCAUUCUGAUGACGAGAUCAUUGCCGAGGAUCACAACUACAGCUUAAAGGAUGCCGUAGCAGCUGCUGGACAGCAGACAGAAAUGAAGGAGGUACAACCACUGCCUGAGAAGCAGCAGGUUAUUGCAGCAAGGAGGUACCCCAUACACCCACCAAGAAAAAUUUUCAGCAUCAUCAGGGAGCUGGCAGAGAAGAAACAGGUGUCUGAGGAAACUGUGAGUUUGCUGCAGGCCCAGUUUUCAGACUUGCCCCGUGAGUCACAUAGCUGGCAGCAGAUGACAGAAUACUCCCUGGAAAUGAAACAAUUUGCUUGUGUUCUCCACCUCUACCAUAAUAAGGCCUAUGACUAUCUAAGGAAGAUUUUUCCUCUGCCUCAUCCUUCCAGCCUGACAAACUGGCUGUCUAACAGUGAUGCUGCUCCAGGCUUCAGCAGUGACAUUUUUAUCCGCCUUCAGGAAAGAGUGGAGAAGGGUGACCAGGCCUACUGUUACUGUGCCUUGAUGGUACAAGACAUGGCCCUCCAGAAGCAGCAGGAGUGGGACCCCCAGACCCAAUGUUUCACAGGCUUUGUUGACGUGGGGGCAGGCGCUCUAGAUGCUGAUGAAGCCCCGCUGGCCUCGGAAGUUGUAAUCCUCAUGGCAGUCGGCAUCACGAGUCCCUGGAGGGCACCUCUUGGCUAUUUCUUUGUGAAUAGCUUGAGUGGCUACCUACUUGCCCAGCUACUUCGUCAGACCAUCAGUAAGCUGAACAACAUUGGCAUCGCGGUGUUGUCUGUGACAUCAGGUGCCACCGCGCGCGGUGCUGAGGUGGCCAGAGCUCUGGGGAUCCGGAUCGACCCUGACAGGAUUCAGUGCACUUUUCAGCACCCGCCCAGCUCAGCUCACUGCAUCACCUACUUCUUUGACACUUGCCACGCGCUCCAGCUGAUAAGGAAUGCGCUGCAGUGCUUCCAGAAGAUAAAGUGCCUCAGUGAAGCAGCACACUGGCAGCACGUGGUGGAGCUUGCAGCUUUACAAGAGAAAAGGGUAUUACAGCUGCGCAGUCCCAGGUCAGGCUGUCCUGGAAGUGAGGAGCUUCGCUAUUUUAAAGUUAACCUUGCUACCCAGGUCUUCAGUGAGGGUGUUGCUGAUGCACUGGAGCACCUCCAGAAACUGGGCCUGGCCUCGUUCCAAAACUGCAGCGGUACCAUCAAGUUUGUGCGUUUGAUGAGCCAUCUGUGCGAUGUAUUCCAUGGCAGAAGCCCUUACGGAAGGGGACUGAGGGGGCCUUUGCUAGCUGGAAAUUACAGCAAAAUAAGCCACCUCUUCUAUGAGGCCAGGAGCUUCUUUGUCACCUUAACAGACUCCUUGGGGAGAUGCAUUAUAAAAAGCAAACGCAAACUGGGAUUUCUGAGUUUCUUGCUCAAUGCUGAAAGCCUCAAGUGGCUUUAUACCAAUUACGUGCUUCCAGAAGGCAUGCCUUUGCACCGCCUCCUGACGUACACCUUCAGCCUUGACCAGCUGGAGCUGUUUCUUCGGGCUCUCAGGCAGGCUAUCGUUGGCGGUGGCAAUCCCACUUGUGCAGCGUUCCAGGCAGCUUACUACAAGCUGCUGGCCAGCUGCAGCUUGGCACCGGCACUGCAACACAGCGAUGGCUCUGGCAACGUGAGCACCUUGGAUAUAUCCAUCUUCCGUAGGACAGAUCUGACCCUUGGUAACAUCCGUUCUCAGUACGAGCCAGCUCGUAGGAGGACUCUGGGAACAGAGUACCCCUUCGGCGCCGGCCUUCUUUUGCACGACUCCGCGCUGAGCAAUGCACUGACAGACCUGUCGCUGCAUGCGCAGAGCAUCACCUGCACCAGCGGCUUUGUUGCUGAACAAUUAGCCUCUGAUUUGCAAUGUGAAGCCUGUGUUGCUUCUCUUUUUGAGUCAGAUGAGAGCUCACUAAAACAUGGGGCAGUGCUCUACGUAAAGAAGUUGGGCGGAGUGAGUCUGCCCUCUUCAAGCGUGUGCCACAUCACAAGCAUUUCUGAACAGGUCCUAAGGACAUACGCCAAAGUGCGAAAUUGCAACAAGAACUCCAAGCUAUGGGAUCUGUUUCUAGAACAGAAAAUUUUUUGUGAGCUUCUGGGACAGAGCCCCCUCUUUCCCCUGCUCACUGACCAUUUAUUUGAUGGUGAGUCAUGCAUUGACAAUCACUACACAAUCUUAUUAAAGGAAAUAAUGCGAUGUUACUUACAGGUCAGAACAAACCAUGCCAAAAACUUAAACUUGAAGUACCGUUGUGGAAAGCACAGAUGGAAGAGACUAAAGGGAGAACAUUCAUUUGCAUCACCACUGCGUGAUUCAAAUUGUCAAUCAAGCCCAACCCACCUAGGGCCAUGACUGUGCAUUUAUUGCUGUUACAUAAGGAUGGUUGCCCCUACUUAGGCCCAGUUAAGCAGUGUCUGAAUCUGGCAGUAGCUCAGCAAACAGUACAGCAUCUUGCCGCGGUUUGCCUGGCAGAAUUUGUGUUGUUAAACAGUGAUGAGUGGUGCCGGUGCCGAUGAUUCAGGGUCUGGUCACAGUUCAGACGAGCCAAGGAAGGAAGUUCAUUUCACCUUGCAUUUCCAUCUAGGAAUCUUGCCAAGCAGCCACGUCUUGGACUUGGUGUCUGUGGGAGACAAGAAGUUCUGGAAAUGUGUAGUGAGAUGGUAGGGGACAAGGCAGUAUCCCCUUGCGGCGCUGGGCUGUGUAGUGCUGUGGGUGCUCUUGCUAAGAGGAGGCAAUUGAUGUACCUGCAGUUGCAUGGGGCAAGGGGAGUAAGUGUGCUGCUAUUUUGAGUUCACCAUAGAGAUGCUGCAGUAAAAAAGUUGGAGCCAAAAGACCUUACAGCACUUUUGCUAUAAAAGGAAAAUAAAGGCAUGGGAAAAAGACA